AUGUGUUUCCGAUGGCUGAAGAGGCUUUACCACUGUCUGCGGCGGAAAUGGUCCCGGCGGAACCGGGGCUACAGCCGGGACAUCUCCAUGAGCCACCACGGCUUCUGCUCCGGGGCCUUCGCCAACCGCCACGGCCGCGCCUCCUUCUCAUGCGGCGGGGAAGGUUCCGUCACCUACAGCCGGGGACCCUCGUCCUGCCGUCCCCCGCCAGCGCCAGCACCCUACAGCAUCUCAGGGAGGUUCUCGUGUGAUGCCGACGGGUCCCUGGUGGUCACCAGUGGGGACUGUGGGGUCACGUCUGGCUGGGACCCCAUGGUAGGGACGGUGCCGGUCUACGGCUCUGGAGUGGGGAUGGGGUAUGGCAGCGAGGAUGUGGGGUCGGUCAUCGGCAGCGCAGGGGGAGGUGGAGGAUCCGUCUACCACGGAGGGAAUUCAGGGAUGGCGGAGGGAGCAGGGGGUGGGUAUGGAUACUCUGCACCCCUGAGUGACACCCUAAGCAUGGGGGGGGUCUCUGAGGGCUCAGGGUACUACGGGGGAGGGUAUGGAUAUGGGACAUAUGGAACUGGGAUGUUCCCCGGGCCAGAGCUCAGCCCUGCGGGCGGGGGAUGCGCCCAGGUGGUGCAGCAGAAAUGCCCCGUGGUUGUCCCCGCCAUCAAGAGCCAGCAGUGCAAGCAGAGCACCCAGUGGCCCCCCAUCCAGAAGAAGUGA